AUGUCCUGUAAUCCUGUUUGUUCACCUGUAACAAAAUCUUCAGAAUUCUACAGAACUUUAUUAUUGAAGACGAUGGUAAUGAAUUCAACAGUAGCAACACUACCAAAUCAGAGCAAAUUUUUCAAAAAAAAUGUUGCACUACAAGACGCCCACCUCUCUUACAGUGAUCUAAAGAACAACACAAUCCGCGACGAGCUCACUGACCAAAAAAUGAAAAAACUGAUGGUACAUAUCACACAUGCACAUACAAACACAGACAUGAAAUUGAAGUACUGGGUUGAAAUUUUGGGUAGAACUCAACUUUAA